UUCUACUCAACUACUGAUUAAACAACGUCACAUUUCAGGAAAAGAAACGAACAGUUAUACCUAAUACUUAAGAUAAUUUCUUAUUUUAAUGUAGACAAAAUCCUGAUUAGUUUUCUUUUCACCCCUGCUGAUUUUUUUUUUUUAUUUUUUAUUUUUCUAAAAAAAUCUUUUCUUUUUCCUCCUUUGAGGGAGUUUUAUGUAUGAAUGGUUAAGGAAUAUGUUUUUGGUUGGCCCCCCAUUCUCUCAUGCGCCUUCUUCAAGCAAAUUCUUGAUUGCAUUGACAAAAAAGGGCUUUUCUAAGCUCACUAUACUUGUGUUCUCCACCCUCCAUCUCUGAGACUUGAGUGUAUGUGGGUAUUUGACCAGUGGCUUUGAUUCUCCUGGGGAUAUUGUAUUCUUUUAUGGGAUUAAUUCCAUCUUUCUUCAUUGUGAAGAUUUCGUGACAGGGAUUCUGUCUGCUACUACAUAUAUUUUAUCCCUUACAUUGGAGCUUUGCUGGUUUGGUUUCUUUGGGCAUUUUUUUUAUCUGUAAAGUUGGAGACUUUUUGUGUUUUGCAGCUUCAAGAUUCCUUCAGAGAAUGUGAUAACCCCAUACCCUCCACUCUUUAUCUUCCCUUUUGUACAGAGUGUGUAGCUCUAUGGGCAUUUUCUUGAAGAAAUUUGGAGCCUUGCUUAGUUUGUAUCUUUGUUUUGGUUGCUUUUCAAAACCCUAAGAACAGGUGGUUUCAGUUUAUGCCAGGGGUUUAUGUUGAGUCUUUUGUGACUUUUAAGGCUUUCUUCUGAGACUACCUUAGCUGGAAGCUUUAAGGUUUCUAUGGGGAAGAAGAUGAGAAACCUUAGCUGCAAUUCUUGCAGCAUAAGUGUCAAGAUAGUGUUUUUGUUGUGCAUUUUCUGCUUGGAUAUGAGUUGUGUGAAAUGCCAAUCAUGGGUUGUCAAGGAUAACUCAAGUGAGCCUCCUGUGCCCCCUAUUCCACCUCAAUUUAGGAACAAGUUUCAGAGGAUUCUGCUUAGUAUUCUUCUUGGAACCUUAACAGGCUUGAUUUCUGCUCUUCUCUUUGCUUGGCUAGUUAGGUGCUUUGUUAGGUAUAUCAACAAAGCCCCAAUUCUAAAGGGUCCUGUUGUGUUUUCCCCCAAAAUCCCUCCCAAGACUCUUCAAGCUGCUCUUGCGAAUGAACCCGAGUUGCUUGGCUCGAGCCCUAACGGAAAAUACUACAAGACUGUUCUUGAUAAUGGGCUAACUGUUGCAGUCAAGUGGCUCGAAACCUUCGAAUCUGGCUCCCCCGAGACUCAGACCAAAUCUGUGAAGAGGAGGGUGCAACAGGAACUUGAGGCGCUUGCUAGCCUAAGACACAGGAAUUUGAUGAGUUUAAGGGCUUAUGUUCGGGAAUCGAAUAGGUAUUAUUUGGUUUACGAUUACAUGCCCACCGGGAGCCUUGAAGAUGCUCUGAGUAGGGUGAGGGAGAAUGAGUUGGAGCUUAAAUGGGAAGCCCGGCUUCGGAUUGCAGUUGGGAUCGUUAAGGGGCUCCAGUAUCUUCAUUUCACCUGCAACCCGAGAUUUUUGCACUGCAAUUUGAAGCCUUCCAAUAUAAUGUUGGAUGCAGAAUCCGAGCCUCGGUUGGCUGAUUGUGGAUUGGCUAAAAUCAUCCCUAACUUUGAUCGAGCAGCAUCGAGCUACAGCCCUCCUGAGUCUUACCAGAGCUGCAGUAGGUAUACUGACAAGAGCGAUAUCUUCAGCUUUGGAGUCAUAUUGGCUGUUCUAUUAACUGGUCGAAACCCAAUGGACCCGUUUUUUAACGAUGCAUCGAGCGGGGGAAGUCUGGGGCGGUGGCUGCACCGCCUGCAGGAAGCAGGCGAGGCUCGGGAAGCGUUGGACAAGAGUAUUCUCGGGGAGGAAAUGGAGGAAGACGAGAUGCUAAUGGCAGUAAAAAUAGCCGUUGUAUGCUUGUCUGACAUGCCAACCGAUCGCCCCUCCAGCGACGAGCUCGUGUCAAUGCUCACGCAACUAAAUAGUUUCUGAAGAUCAGAUCGAUCCCUGCAAAGUACGUUGCUGAGAGAGCUUUAGGUUGUUUUCGGGGCUUUCUUUCUAUGCAAAGUUAUCCAAACUAGUUGCUUAUUGGGUUAGUUAUGCCAUGGAAACAACCAUUAUGCUCUUUAAGGUUUCUAUGUUUUUAAUGAAAAUGGUUGGUCGACACAAGUAGGGUCUUUACUCUUUACUGUAACUUGAAAAUUCUGAACUCUGAUGAUUGAGUGGCAUGUAAAUGAAGUGUUGUUUGUGAAGGAA